AUGGAAGAGUACGGUGUGUUGCCUUCCAAUCUUCUCAAAUAUUGCAACAUUCCUCUUAAGAAUCUCCAAAUUUCGGGUCGAGUGUGGUUGUCACAUCAUUUGAAUCCUGAGAGACCUUCAUUUAGCUCGAGGAACCAAUUGCUUCAGGACUGGAGAGGAAUGGCUGAGCAUUUCAAUUUUGAUCAACUUUACGUUGAGAAUUUUCAGAGGUUACCCGAUCCCAUGGGAGAAGUUAUUAAGAACCUGCCUAUCAUGAACUCGGAAGCUACCUUGGGUUCUUUAUUGAUGGGUUUGUGGAACAUGGAAAGGUUCGACAUUCUUGAAGACUCGGAUCUCGUUAAAAUAUUAGAGAAAAGUCAGCUAGUCAAAAAAGCAGUGUUAGUAGGGAAAGUCAAAAACUGUCGUUCGCCAUUAACGUUUGAUGCUCUAUAUAUGAACGGACAAGAAGUUUAUCCGGAAGAAUUUGACGCCUUUGUCUGUUACACGCGUCAGGACAUCGGCUUUGUUCAAGAAAUCAUUAACGAACUGGAAAACAAAAAACAUUUCAAGCUCUGCAUUCCCGACAGGGAUGUACUUCCUGGUCCAGCAAAAUAUGAUGCCUACACGAAGUUAAUUAAAGAAAGAUGUGGCCCCAUGAUAAUUGUUUUGAGUCCUGACUACAACAGGAGUGAAGAAUGUAAAUUUCUCACUUUCUUCGCUCACUCACUUGGACCAGAUGCCAAACACCAAAAAUUGAUACCUGUGGUUUACAAGCACUGCGACAUUCCAAAUGUCCUGAGCCACAUAUCCUUGGUUGAUUAUACGAGGAGUGAUGUCAUUGAAUGGUUUUGGUCAAGGUUAUCC